AGGAUGCAUCGAGGACUCCGAUCCGUAAAUACCGCGCCCACGUAUGACUUGACCACGCCCACUUAAUGUGUCGAUGUAAAAACAAACCACUGCACAGCACCGCGGCGCCUGUUCUUUUAGCUGAUAAUAUUGACCAACAUUGGCAUUUGGCAUCACAGUGACUCAAGGACUAAUAAAGCUCCAUUUUGUUUGGUAUGGAGACUUCAACACAGCAAAAAAAUGUGGCCAACAGAACGAAAAGAGCAGCGUUGAAAAGGAAUGCCUCAGGGGAUGGGGAUGACAUACCAGUGAAGAGCCCAUAUUUCAAAGACUUGUCGCAAUCAGAACCGAGUGAAACUGAUGUGCCUGAUGCAGUACAGAUCCCAGCAGCUCAAAGCCAGCUAGCUGACAAGAUGCCAUCAGCUGGUCCUAGACUAGGUCCUAGUUUCUUCCAGCAGCCCUGCACCCAGCUAGCCAGGCAGCUCUUAGGCCAGGUCCUAGUGAGGGUGAUUGGGGACCAGAGGUUGAUUGGCAGGAUCGUGGAGACGGAAGCUUAUCUAGGAGUCGAGGAUUCAGCAUGUCAUACUUACAUGGGAAGGAAGUCAGUGGCUAAUAAGAGCAUGUUCCUUAGUCCAGGCCAUGCCUAUGUCUACAUGACUUAUGGCAUGUAUCAUUGUAUCAACAUCACCAGUCAAGGAGAAGGUCAGGCGGUGCUCAUACGAGGUUUGUUCCCUCUGGAAGGCAAGUAUACUAUGGCAACCCUGAGACAGAAAGCAAGUAAAAAAUCCAACCGAACAUUCAAGACAAAGGAUCUUUGUAACGGUCCUGGCAAGCUCUGUCUCUCAUUGGACAUUGACAGACAGCUGGAUGGUAUUGAUCUCACACAGAGUGAUUCUAGCAUGUGGGUAGAGAGUGGUGACCAUAUCUCUGAUGGUGAUAUUGUAAGCUGUCCAAGGAUAGGUAUAGACUCAGCUACAAAGGAAUGGGUUCAGAAACCACUCAGGUUUUAUGUGAAGGGUAAUUCUUGUGUUAGUAAGAGGAAUAAAGCGAGAGAAGCAGAGAUGAACUACUCUACAUAAUCAUUGAAAUAGAUCACCCACAUUAUACAUUAUACUGAAAUAAUCUUGUAGUGCUUUCAUUUAAAAAAAAUUAAGAAUAACAAAGAUGUGAGUGAUAUACUGCAUAUUCUGUCAUAUCAAUCCUCACUUGGUAUGAUUGUAAAUAAUGUACUAUUUUUAUAUACAUAAGAUAUUUUGACCGGUAUUCAGUUAAAUAAAGGCUAAGAAUAACUUUCUAUCAAUAGCAGCAAAAGAUUCAGGCAACCCAUUAAAGAAAGACAAUUGUGGAAACAAAUCAAUGUUAUAACAGACAUGCAUGUACAUAAUUUGUUGAUGGUUUAUAGGACUGGUUAAUUUGGCUUGGCAACAGGAUGUAACACAUGAUUAUUUGUAUUGUACAUGUAGUUCAAGUUCAUACUUUUGUAAAUAGUUGUUUCUGAAAAUGAAUAAUCCAUUUUACUCAGCUAGACUAAAUAGUAAAUACUCACUAAAUAGUAAGUAAAAUCCAAAUUUUGAUUUAAAAUACAGACCCAGUACCAAAUAACAUGGAAUGAACAUGCGAUGCUACUACAGCUACAAUUGUAUAUAUCUAUCUCUGGAAAACUUGCUCAAAUUUGAGGGGUACCGGUAUUGUGAAUUUUAUAGGGUCAUGUUCCCUCCACUCUGACAAUGUUUACUUUGCUUAAAAAUCAAAAUGACAUAUAAGACAAUAAAGGUUACAAAAUUGAAUUUAACAUGAUGCAUGUAUAUAAAAAAAAAUACAAAGAGUUCAGUUAUAUUGCAGAGAUGCAACACCUUCAGGAAGACAAUCAAAA